AUGACCUGGCUAUUCCCCAGAGCCCUGGGGCCUCUGGUCCUCCUGAUGGUGGUGCUGCUGGUGCACGGGGAGCUGCGAACAGAGUCAGGAGGGCAGCACGGAGAAGACGACACAGCAGUACAGCCGGUCAAAAGAAGGUACAAACGUGAAUGGGUAAAAUUUGCCAAGCCCUGCAGAGAAAGAGAAGACAACUCAAAAAGAAAUCCCAUUGCCAAGAUCACUUCCGAUUUUCAAGCAACCCAGAAGAUUACCUACCGAAUUUCUGGGGUGGGAAUUGAUCAGCCCCCUUUUGGAAUCUUUGUUGUUGACCCAAACAAUGGUGAUAUUAACAUAACGGCCAUAGUUGAUCGUGAGGAAACCCCGAGCUUCCUGAUCACAUGCCGAGCUCUAAACGCCCUGGGACAAGAUGUAGAGAGACCACUCAUAUUAACAGUGAAAAUUUUAGAUGUCAAUGAUAAUGCUCCGAUAUUUUCACAAACCAUAUUCAAGGGUGAAAUUGAAGAAAACAGUGCUUCAAAUUCACUGGUAAUGAUCCUAAACGCCACAGACGCAGAUGAACCAAACCAUUUGAACUCUAAAAUUGCCUUCAAAAUCGUCUCCCAGGAGCCUGCAGGCAUGCCCAUGUUCCUCAUCAGCAGAAACACUGGAGAAGUCCGCACUUUGACCAGUUCUCUCGAUCGCGAGCAAAUCAGUAGCUACCACCUGGUUGUGAGUGGUACAGACAACGACGGAACGGGACUGUCGACUCAAUGCGAAUGCAGUAUUAAAGUGAAAGACGUCAACGACAACUUCCCGGUGCUUAGGGAUUCUCAGUACUCAGCGCGCAUUGAGGAAAACACUCUAAACUCCGAGCUACUCCGGUUUCAAGUGACAGACUGGGAUGAAGAGUACACGGAUAACUGGUUGGCCGUGUACUUCUUUACCUCUGGAAAUGAGGGGAAUUGGUUUGAAAUUGAAACAGAUCCAAGAACCAACGAAGGCAUCCUGAAGGUGGUUAAGGCUCUAGAUUACGAGCAAAUGCAAAGCCUGCAGUUCAGUAUCGCCGUCAGGAACAAAGCUGAGUUCCACCAGUCCGUGAUCUCUCAGUACCGAGUGCAACCGACUCCAGUCAUAAUCCAAGUCACCAAUGUCCAAGAAGGCAUUUCAUUCCGUCCUCCUUCCAAGACAUUUAUUGUGCCAGGGAGCAUAAGCACCAGUAAGCUGGCUGGUUAUAUCCUAGGAACAUAUCAAGCUACUGAUGAAGACACUGGUAGAGCUGCCUCAGCUGUCAGAUAUGUCCUAGGUCGUAAUGAUGGUGGUUUGCUUGUUAUUGAUCCAAAAACUGCUGAGAUCAAAUUUAUCAAAAACAUCGACCGAGAUUCUACUUUCAUAGUUAACAAGACAAUCUCAGCUGAGGUUCUGGCUAUAGAUGAAAACACUGGUAAGACGUCUACGGGCACAGUACACGUCGAAGUGCCCAGUUUCAGUGAAAACUGUCCCUCGGUUGUCCUGGAGAAGAACGAGAUCUGUAGCAGUGCCUCGCCGUCUGUGCUCCUCUCGGUGAGAACCCUGGAGAGGGGCAGAUACACUGGCCCCUACACAGUGUCGCUGGAGGAGCAGCCUCUGAAACUGCCAGUCAUGUGGAACAUCAGAAUGAUGAACGACACCUCAGCACUUCUACGAGCCCAGCAGCAGGUGUCUCCAGGAGUGUACAACGUCCCAGUCAUCGUGAAGGACAAUGAGGGCGGGCAGUGUGACACACCAGAAAUCCUGACCCUGACAGUGUGUCAGUGUGACGACCGGAACAUGUGUCGAGCUCCUAACCCGAGCAGAGAGCCUAUGAGGCACAGAGAGUCAUCCUGGAGGCUGGGGCCUGCUGCCAUCGGCUUGAUCCUGCUGGGACUCCUGAUGUUGUUGUUGGCCCCGCUUCUGCUGCUGGCCUGUGACUGUGGGUCAGGUCCCAUCGGAGGAGGAGCCGCCACGGGUGGCUUUAUCCCUGUGCCCGAUGGUUCAGAAGGAACAAUCCAUCAGUGGGGAAUCGAAGGAGCCCAGCCUGAAGACAAGGAAAUCACAAAUAUUUGUGUGCCUCCUAUCACAACCAAUGGUGCAGAUUUUAUGGAAAGUUCUGAAGUCUGUACAAACACAUAUGCUGGAGGGACAGUGGUGGAAGGUGCUUCGGGAAUGGAAAUGACUACCAAAGUGGGAGCCGCUACUGAAUCAGGAGCUGCGGGAACACUUGGCCCCUGUUCCUUGGGUCACUCGGGAACGAUGAGAACGAGGUAUUCCACCGGAGGGACCUUGAAGGACUACGUUGCUGCGCCACUGAACAUGACUUUCCUAGGUUCCUACUUCAAUCAGAAAUCCUUAGCCUAUGCCGAGGAGGAGGAUGAGCGGGAAGUGAAUGAGUGUUUGCUGAUCUACGAUAACGAAAGCGAGGAUGGCGCCCCCUGUUCGCCUGCCCUCAGCUCCUGCAGCUUCAUUCCUGAUGACCUAGAUGACAGCUUCUUGGAGUCCCUUGGCCCCAAAUUUAAAAAGCUUGCAGAGAUAUGUCUCGGUAUUGAUGACGAAGCCAAGCAGGCAAAGCCAGGCCCUAAAGACAGUGGUUCCGGGGCAGGCAUCUGUGCUCGCUCUGCGGAAGUCCCUCAGUCAGGUGCUAACAGGUACCAAACUUUGCCUGGCAGUCUGGAAAUUUCUCAGUCAGGUUCUCAAAGACACCAGACUUUGCCUGGCAGUCAGGACGCUCCUGUUUUGUUCACUUCCGGGUCUGUCCACCCUGCCAUUGCCAUCCCUGACCCUCUACAACUUGGUAGCUACUUGCUCACAGAAACCCACGCAACUUCAGGUUCCCUCGUGCAGCCUGCCACUGCCACCUCUGACCCACGUCUCACCCAGAAUGUCACCGUAACAGAAAGAGUGAUUUGCCCCCUUCCUAGUAUCUCUGGCAGCAUAGUGGCUCCCACAGAGCUGCGGGGCUCCUACAGUAUGCUCUAUACAAAAGAAACCUGUUCCCAUCUAUGA